CAGUCUCAGAUUCUUGAGUAGCUCAAGGGAGUGAGGCGGGCGGCUCUGACUCCCCGGAGCCCAGCUCCGGAUCGGACGCUGUAUUUUCCGAGCUGCGCUGAGCUGCCCAGGACUCGGGUAUCUAUCUACUGCGCUCGGAACUCCUGGCGACGUCUCCCAGAGGGCGUGCCGAGACAUGGAGGGCACAGACCUGGCGGUGAAGCUCCUGUCCACCUGGCUGACGCUGGUAGUCGGCCUCAUCCUGUUGCCCUCGGUCUUCGGAUUAUCUCUAGGCAUCUCGGAGGUCUACAUGAAGAUUCUGGUGAAAACCUUGGAGUGGGCCACAUUGCGAAUUGAAAAGGGAGCGCCAAAGGAGUCAGUUCUAAAAAGCUCGGCUUCUGUGGGUAUUAUCCAAAGAGAUGAGUCACCCAUGGAGAAAGGGCUCUCCGGUCUUCGAGGACGGGACUUCGAGCUCUCUGACGCGUUUUAUUUCUCCAAGAAGGGAUUGGAAGCCAUUGUGGAAGACGAGGUGACCCAGAGGUUCUCCUCUGAGGAGCUAGUGUCAUGGAACCUCCUCACCAGAACCAAUGUCAACUUCCAGUACAUCAGUCCGAAGCUCACUAUGGUGUGGGUGCUGGGUGUCCUAAUACGCUACUGCUUUCUCCUGCCUCUGAGGGUUACUCUGGCUUUCAUUGGGAUCAAUUUGAUGAUUAUAGGAACUACUGUGGUUGGACAGCUCCCAGACAGCAGCCUCAAAAACUGGCUGAGCGAACUGGUACAUCUGACCUGCUCUAGGAUCUGUGUCCGCUCGCUGUCUGGCACCAUCCGUUAUCAUAACAAGCAGUACAGACCCCAGAAGGGUGGCAUUUGUGUGGCCAAUCACACUUCUCCCAUCGAUGUCUUGAUCCUGACCACGGAUGGAUGCUAUGCCAUGGUUGGACAGGUUCAUGGUGGGUUGAUGGGAAUCCUUCAGAGAGCCAUGGUGAAGGCUUGUCCACACGUCUGGUUUGAGCGCUCAGAAAUGAGGGACCGACACCUGGUCACUAAGAGAUUAAAAGAACACAUCGCUGAUAAGAAAAAGCUGCCCAUAUUAAUCUUCCCUGAAGGUACCUGCAUCAACAAUACUUCCGUCAUGAUGUUUAAGAAAGGAAGCUUUGAAAUCGGAGGGACCAUCUACCCAGUGGCGAUGAAGUACAACCCCCAGUUUGGUGACGCGUUCUGGAACAGUAGCAAAUACAACAUGGUGAGCUACUUGCUUCGAAUAAUGACCAGCUGGGCCAUCGUCUGCGAUGUGUGGUACAUGCCUCCCAUGACCAGAGAGGAAGGAGAAGAUGCGGUUCAGUUUGCGAACAGGGUUAAAUCCGCCAUCGCUAUACAAGGAGGACUGACAGAGCUGCCUUGGGAUGGAGGACUGAAGAGAGCAAAGGUGAAGGACACCUUUAAGGAAGAGCAGCAGAAGAACUACAGCAAGAUGAUCGUGGGCAAUGGCUCUCCCAGCCUGGACCUGGACUGAGCACUGCGGAUAAGCGUGGCUUCCCAGAGCUGGCCUUCAGGAGAGACGCUGUAUAGCGUCGUUUUGUUGUGCGGCUCUUUGCUCGUUUAUUGUUAGUCUUUUCUACCGGAUGACUGUCUCUACCUCUUCACGCCGGAGACAGAACCUACAGGUGCCCUUUUCUGACAUCUUGGUUAGACUGUGAACUCAGUGCGUUGUAAGGCUGCUUCUGCGUGGAAACAGAGUCUGCCUUUUGUAAAAUGAUGUGUUGUUGAUGACUGAAUGAAAUCUUUGUAUGUAAUACGACAUGUCAUUGAUGAUUGAAUGAAAUCUUUGUGUGCAAAAAAAAAGUGCUUCUAAAGCGUGCUUGGAACUUGUUAAUAAGGUAAUUCUCACAAACAACCCCAAACUCUGCAAUUCGAUUUCCUCCUCCCUUUAAUCUCCUUUAUUAUUAUUUUGAGACAGGGUGUUAUUUAUAUAGCCCAGACUGGCUUCAAACUCACUACAUAGUCAAGACUGGCCAGGAACUAUUGACUGUUCCUGGCUUCACUUCCCAAGUGCUAGGACUCCAGGCCUGUGCCACCUUGCCUAGCUGCUGAUGUCAGUAUCAUAUGUGAAAUCUCACCACAGCUCAUGCCUUACAGGCACAAUUAUGGUUGCAUUCUGCCCUAAGAAUGGGAGAAAAAUGGAGGAUUAUUUUUAGGGAAAAGGGCAAAUCUGUGGUCACCUGAUCUGAAAGGAAUUGAAUGGAGAUUAUUUUUUUUUUCUGUGUGUUGCAAGAGAGAUGUUGAUUGGUUAUAUUUAUUUAAGAAAUGUGUAGGAGUGGUGUUUGUUCGCCUUUGUUCCAGCAGCAGUGGGAAAAGCCCUGUUAGCUUUUCUUGUUCGUAUGCUAAAGAUCCCCUUUGUCUUAGGAUUUUCUUCUUUUUGUUUUUAAAAGGGAAGGAGCCUUUAAUAAACAAUCACACUAUCUUCAGUAGGAAGUGAGUGAAUACAGAGCUUGCUUCCUGUGCCCCCACCAACCUCACUGUAGUGAUUUAGUCCCAAACUUUCCCGGCCUUUUAAGCAGAAAACUAAGUGGUAUAAUUACCUUUUGGAAACUGAGCCUUAACGUUUUUAAAGGGGAAACAAGCUUUCUCCGAGUCCAAUAGCAUGAGCAAUAUUUGAUGAUAGCAAUAUAUUUCCGCGGCGAGCUCUUGAGGCGUUAGGAACCUCCAGAGAAACCCUAUACAGAAAGUGAACUGUCUUACUGACUAUGAAUAAAUUUUAUAUUUUUAA